UAUUUUAAUAUAAAAUGAUGUGGUAAGAUAUUAAAUAUUGGAUUACAGAUCUAGGGGGCAAAACUGAGCCGCCGAGGGACGCUGUGAAACAAGGCCGCUGAGAGGAUCCACAUCCCGACUCGUUGACUUCCGGUUCGAUCAUUGGAAAUCUCCUCAAGGUGCAGACCCUACUAUGGAUACACAUGAUUGGAGGGCUCAGCUGCUGCCUCAUAUUCGCCAAAUAAAAGUCAAUGAAAUAAUGAUUAAAUUAAAGACGCCUAUGUCUCAUGCUGAUGAUGAUGAAUUGAUUGAAGUUCAAAAAAUUGCUCAAAGUUUUGAGCAGAAGACUUAUGCUGGUGCAGCAAACGAGGAGGAUUAUUUACAGAGAAUAUCUUCAAUGAUGCAGUUAAUUGAUAGUUAUCAUAAUCUUUGGAGGGCUCAGCUGCAACCUGAUAGUCGCGAAAGAAUCAUCAACAAAAUAUUGGAAACAUUAGGAAGACAUCUUCCUGUUUCUGGCCAAGAUGGAUUAGAUGAACUUCGUAAAAUUGCUGCAAGAUUUGAGGAGAAGGUUUAUAAUGCAGCAACAAGUCAGUCUGAUUAUCGUCGGAAAAUAUCCUUGAAGAUGCUGACAAUGGAAGCUAAAUGCCAGAACACCAUAGCAAACCCAAACCCUAUGCCAUCAAACUUCGGUGACAACAGGGAUGGUCCUUCAGAUACAGGUUCUGCUUGGGAGGUUCAAGUGCUGGAAAGGGAGGUGAUAUGAUCAGAGGGAGAAAGAGAAAUGCUUGAGUAAGACAAUAUGUAAUAAAAAGGAAGCAAUCACAGUGACUAAUUGACCUUGUCAUCUAUUGAUAGCUCUUUUGUUAUGAUACUCAUUUCCUCAAACCAUUGCAAAUGAUGCGGACUAAAUGUUUGUGAUGACAAUAUGUUAUUUGGAUUCAAGUGUUUUCUGUA